GCUCGUCGCCUCCGUCCACAUCGUCGUCGCCAACCUCGCGCUCGCAUCGCAUCUCCCUGCUAAAAUCGUCUUCACCAGCUCAGCUCAGGCGACGCCCAUCUGCUCCCCUCCUUUAAUGGGCUUUCCCUCCCACCGACAUGGCCGCCGAUCCCCUCACCCGCCCCGCCGCCGGUGACCCCUCCUCCCCCUGCUGCUCCGCCGCCGCCGCGGCCGCGCUUGGGGGUUGCCUCGGCCUCGGCCCGUCCAGCCUCCUCCUGCACCUCCUCCUCCUCCACUCGCUCUUAUAGCCCCGGCGGGGCAUUUUAUUCGAUGGCCGCCGUGUUCUUCCACCACGUCGUCGGCGACCUCACCGUCGGGAAGCCCGAGGUCGCGGAGCUGCGGGACACCGACACGCUCGACGCCGCCGCCAGGGCCAUCGCGGCCAGCCCCGAGGGGGCCGUGCCCGUGUGGCGCCCGAGGGCCUCCCCCGACGAGCCGCCGUCGGGGGCGAGGUUCCUGGGGAUGAUCUCCGCGCUCGACAUCGCCGCGUUCGUCGCCGCCGCCGGCGUCGGCGACCGGGCCAUGGCCUCCCUCGUCGGGGAGGUCGUGCAGCCCAAUCCUGGGCUGCUCCGGGAGGUCGAUCCCGGCACGAGGUUGAUCGAUGCACUGGAUUUGAUGAAGCAAGGAGUGAAGCGCUUCCUUGUUCGAAAGAAUGGCACCUGGAGAGGCCUCUCCAAGCGGUUUUCAGUGCUUUACAAUGGGAAAUGGCUGAAAAAUAUGGAAGCGACAUCUCCAACCUCAGCUAGUAGCAGUACACAGCUGUCCUCCCCUACCAGUUCCACGUACAAGUUUUGCUGCCUCUCAAGGGAAGACAUUCUUCGGUUCCUUAUUGGAUGCCUCGGUGCCCUUGCGCCCAUUCCACUAUCUCCAAUCUCUUCACUUGGAGCCAUCAAUCCACACUACUGUUAUGUUGAGGCAUCUGUCCCAGCCAUGAAAGCAAUUCAGAAGGUCCCUUCAGACCCAAGUGCCGUCGCUGUGGUUGAGAUUACACCAGAUGGAACUCGCAAGAUAAUUGGAGACAUCUCUGCCUACAAGCUGUGGAAAUGUGACUAUGUUGCAGCUGCAUGGGCAUUGGCAAACCUAUCAGCGGGGCAAUUUGUCAUUGGCGCGGACGAUAACGAGUCGACACCAAUCUCAGCCAUCCCAGAAGCUCCCAUCAGCUCAUCAGCGGUGGAAGAGAUUGGACCUGGGCGCUCACCCAGGGCGAAGAAGUUCAGCAGCAGGAGCAUCGGGUUCCUGAACAGCCAGGCGCACCAGAUGGCGUUUGGGCGAAUGAGGAGCACGUACCGUGGGAGGAGCGCACCACUGAUGUGCAAAAGCACAAGCACACUCGCAGCGGUCAUGGCGCAGAUGCUGUCCCACCGUGCCACGCACGUGUGGGUGACAGACGCGGAGUCAGAGGAGGACGGCGUGCUCGUCGGCGUCGUGGGCUACACCGACAUCUUCAACGCCGUCACCAGGAGCGCUUCUCCGGCAACAUCUUGAAUCUCUUGAUGCUUACCGUAUGCUCCGUUGGUGAUUGGCCCCAGCGUUUGCCGUGUACUGUUAUUACAUUACACUGCACCUGGUUGGGUUUGUCUUUUGAGAGUUGGGGAGAUUCUUUUUUGCCUCCAUGGGACUGAAACUGGAUGGUAUGUUGUGAAUUCCUUGUGGAUUGGUGCUACUGUGGCAGACUGGGGCUUGUGCUUGGUGGAAUGGUAGUCUACCUAUCGUAUAUGGCAUAAUGUAUCGUCUCUCUGUGCUCCCUUUGUUCUUAUGAUCUUAUCGUGGUUUCUGUUCA